AUGGGUAGACAGACUGAAGAGUGGAAUGCUACUAUCGCUGCUGCUGCAGAGGCCGCUGUUGCCGCCGCUAUUGGCGGUAAUGGAAACAAUGGGAACAACGGGAAUGAUGGGAAUCCAGCUCAGGGCCAAGUAAAUGCAAUCAGACCAAUGUCUAAGCUGGUCGAACAGUUUCUGAAGUUGAAGCCCCCGAGGUUCGAUGGUAGAGGUAAUACGGAGGCUGCACCUCGGUGGGUGGAAGAGCUAGAGAAAGCUUUCGAGGUGCUGGGAUGCACGGAAGAAGAAAAAGUAAUCCUAGCUGUCUACCAGCUUCAAGAAAAUGCAAGCGAUUGGUGGAGAGCCACCAAGGGUCAAAAGUUGGCAGAAUUCAUGAGGCUUCGCCUGGGUCAGAUGCCGGUAGACCAAUAUGAGGCCGAGUUCGCAAGGCUGUCCAAGUUUGCCCCAAGAAUGGUAGAAGACCCAGCAGACAAAGCCAGGAGGUUCCGAGAUGGGCUGAAGCCAGACCUCCGCAGUCAGAUGAUAUCACUGAACUUGAGGGGUUAUUACGAGAUUUAUGAUCGGGCUCAGGCAAUUGAGCGUGAUUUGAUGGAUCGGGCUGCCGCCCCUGAAUCGCGGUAUGCCCCGGCUAGGGACAAUCGUCACGUUGGAAAGAGGCCAAUGAUGGGAAAUAGUCGCCUCGUCCCUCCCGUUAGGAAAAAUAUCGGGAAGCCGGCUCACCAUUCGAAUACGACUUGUCGACUUUGUGGGGGAAGACACGGAAAUGGGCCUUGCCCGAGUAGGGCUGGAGUAUGCUUUGGAUGUGGUGGGUGA